AAGCGACAAAACUUCUCACCCGACAUCGAAGGACCACCCGCUCGGCAACCACAUCAAGAUGGUGAGUGCUAUAUUCGAGUUUAUUGCUGUUGUUGGAAUCGGAGCAGAGGAUUUUAUCACGAGAAUUCGAGAAUUACGGUCUCCAUAAUGUUCACUCCCCGUUGUACCGGAAAUCUUCGAUCCUGUGUGUGGCUAUGGCCCCCCGAAUGAAGGCCUACCGUAUAUCGAAUUUUCACGAACCUUGUUAUCAUCACCACCCGACAAAUGAUCCACCUACACUUUUUCCGCUACGAAUCCUGCUCCGGAGGAAAAGAAUGAUUGGCGUGUUGAAUUGAAGGAUUUUGAUAUGUUGAGGGCUCAUGCUGAUGUUGGGUUUUUUUUCCGUCGCCAUCAGGUCCGUUACGCUGCUCAGGAUAUCCCGGCCGCUAAGAGCGCCCGCGCUCGCGGCUCUUACCUCCGUGUCAGCUUCAAGAACACCCGUGAGACCGCUCAGGCCAUCAACGGCAUGAAGUUGCAGCGUGCCCUUACCUUCCUCACCAACGUUACCGAGAAGGCUGAGGCCGUCCCUAUGCGCCGGUACGCUGGCAGCACCGGCCGCUGCGCUCAGGGCAAGCAGUGGGGUGUCAGCAAGGCUCGCUGGCCCGUCAAGUCCGCCGAGUUCCUCCUCGAUCUCCUGAAGAACGCUGAGGCCAACGCCGACACCAAGGGUCUCGACACCGGCAACCUCGUUGUCAAGCACAUCCAGGUCAACCAGGCUCCCAAGGGCCGCAGACGCACCUACCGUGCUCACGGUCGUAUCAACCCUUACAUGACCAACCCCUGUCACAUCGAGCUUAUCCUUACUGAGGGUGAGGAGGUCGUUCAGAAGGGUCCCGUUGCCGAGCGUGAGGUCCGCCUCAGCUCUCGCCAGCGUGGCGCUCAGAUCCGCCGUGCUCUCAUUGAGGCAUAAGCGGUUCAUGGGUGUCGGGGGAAGUGAAGUGGUCAGAAUCUGAAUGGGAAUGCCGGAGUUUCGCUGUUGUACGGAAACCUAUACCUGGUCACGGAAGGAAUACAAAAGAAAUUAUUACUUUUUUGACAAAUGGAA